AUGCAUGCUCAAAAUUUUAAUGGUACCUGGCUGUAUUUUGCUCUGCAGGCAAACACACUUCCUUUCUACAUUCCUGAACGAAUUCUGUUAUUUGAGAAAUUGAAAACAUCCCAUUAUGCAUGUCUUGCUGAAAGAAUUCAACACAGUAGCCUGCCUAUAAGAAUUUUUAUGCCAGAUGGAAAAGAAUUGAAGGGGGAAUCGCUGAUAACAACUCCAUAUGAGAUUGCUUCCCAGAUCAGCCAAGAACUGAUGACAAGUGCAGUUGUUGCUCGUGUGAAUGGAAUCCUCUGGGACCUUAACCGACCACUUGAAGAAGAUUCAAACCUGGAAUUAUUAAAAUUUGACAGCCCAGGAGGAAAAGAGGUGUAUUGGCAUUCUAGUAGUCAUGUCUUAGGAGCAGCAAUGGAGCAGUUGUAUGGAGCAUUACUAUGCCGGGGACCCAGCACUGAGAGUGGCUUCUACUAUGAUAUGUUCCAUCAAGGCAGCCCUGUAUCAAACAGUGAUUAUCCUGCUUUAGAGGAGAUCUGCAGAAGAAUCAUUAAGGAGAAGCACCAGUUUGAAAGAAUUGUUGUUUCUCGGGAUGACCUGUUUGAACUGUUUAAGUAUAACAAGUUUAAACUGAGAAUGAUAAAUGAGAAAGUGACAACGCCGACAGCAUCUGUCUACAGAACUCAUCUGCUUUCUGGAAUGGAGAUCCUAGUCAAGAGACUCUGCAGCGGAUUUAUGCUAUUUCUUUCCCAAGUAGCAAACAGCUGAAAGAAUGGGAGCAAAUUCAGGAAGAGGCACGCAACCGAGAUCAUCGGAAAAUUGGAAGAGAGCAAGAAUUGUUCUUCUUUCAUGAGUUGAGUCCUGGGAGCUGCUUCUUCCUUCCUAAAGGAGCUCAUAUCUACAACACACUCGUAGAUUUUAUCAAGACAGAGUACUGGAAGAGAGGUUACACAGAAGUUGUUACCCCAAACAUUUUUAACACCAAACUUUGGGAGAAGUCUGGACAUUGGGAACACUACAGAGAGAAUAUGUUCUCAUUCAGAGUUGAAAAUGAUACCUUUGCUCUUAAACCCAUGAACUGCCCUGGGCAUUGUUUGAUUUAUGACCACCGGCCCCGAUCUUGGAGAGAGCUUCCAUUAAGACUGGCUGACUUUGGGGUUCUUCACCGGAAUGAAGUGUCGGGUGCACUCAGUGGACUGACCCGUGUGCGACGCUUCCAGCAGGAUGACGCUCAUAUCUUCUGCACCAUGGAGCAGCUUGAAGAUGAAAUGAACGGGUGCUUGGAAUUUCUGCAUGCCGUAUACUCUGUGUUUGGUUUUACAUUCAGACUGCAUCUUUCAACUCGACCUGAGAAGUUUCUUGGAGAAAUUGAAACAUGGGAUGAAGCAGAAAAGCUACUGGAGAGGAGUCUGAACAGCUUUGGUCUACCUUGGGAGUUGAAUGCAGGGGAUGGUGCCUUUUAUGGACCAAAGAUUGACAUUCAUAUUCAAGAUGCAAUCAAGCGCUACCACCAGUGUGCCACUAUCCAGCUGGACUUCCAGAUGCCCGCCAAAUUUGACUUGUCAUAUGUCAGGAAAGAUGGCAGUACAACACAAAGGCCAGUGAUGAUACACCGAGCUAUCCUAGGAUCUGUGGAAAGGAUGAUUGCAAUUCUUGUGGAGAAUUAUGCUGGGAAGUGGCCAUUUUGGCUUUCUCCAUUCCAGGUCAUGGUGAUACCUGUGGCUGGAAAUGUGGAGGAUUAUGCACAAGUGGUUCAUCAGAAGUUUCAUGAUGCAGGAUUCAUAGUAGACAUUGACCUUGAUCCUGGCUCCACCCUCAACCGAAAGAUCCGUAAAGCACAGCUUGCCCAGUUCAACUUUAUUUUAGUUGUUGGAGAGAAGGAGAAAUUGAAUGGUACAGUAAAUGUGCGAACAAGAGACAAUAAGCAACAUGGAGAAAGAGGACUUCAGGAAACAGUUGCCCGGUUGAAAGAGCUGAAAGACAGUCGAGUAGAGAAAGCUGAAGAGCAGUUUUAGGCUCAUCAUUUUCAGGGAUACACUAACUAUGGCAUUGUUUGCUGCCGCUAAUCCUUGGAUCCUCUGAAAUGGCAAGCCUUAAUUUGGUUUCAUGGUGUUCUGCUUGUGUUACCCAAGGGGGAAAUAGAAUGAAACCGUGACAAAGGAUAGAUUUCUCACAGUGUGAGUAGUGGAGCUUAACUGCAUUCUUAGGCCUUGUAAAAUUGGCCGUUUGUGUGAACUACUUAAUUAAGACAGAGUGAAAAGCAGGGAGCUCUACAACAUAUACAAGAGAGCACAACACUGACUCUUUUCCAGACAUUUUUGCCUGUAAAUAGUGUUAACUGGUUAUAGUCAGCUGCAUUCCAGUUGGCAUUAAUUUGUGGAAUCAUUACCAGUUGGCUCAGAGAGAUUUUCCUGAAAUACAAUUUUUUAAGAUGUACAGAUGGACUUGUAAAUUGAGUUUUCAAGAAAGAAAACCUUGUCAAAUUUAAAAAUACAGUCAACAUAACAUCAGGAAUUCCUUGA